GCAAAUGACAGAGAGGGGCAGCAGCUGGACAGGAAUUGGUCUUGUGGACAAGCUUCGGAGGAAUUAGGCACAUGUGUUUCUGAGUCGGAUACGAAAAGAGCAAAGGUUGCAGGCAAAAUCAGGAGUGACGUACUUGGCCCCAUGCGUACCUUCAUUGUGCCAGUACGAAAUGCUUCGCAAGAACCUCGGUGUGAGCAUUACAGAAAUGAAGAGCGAGACGGUGGCGCUGGACAGUUGUGGCAUCCUGCACACUCCGGUAAUCUUCCAAAAUGGUCAUUGUAUGGUGUGGACGGAUGUGGUUGCGAUGAAGGAACCGGUGACGGGGAACUGGUCAACCAGAGCAAGACCGGAUCUCGAUCCACAACGAUGACAGUGUUGAUGACGAUGAGCUGCUGGUUAAGCCUUGCAUGGACGGGAGCCAGGAGGACUUUUGGAGCGGAGAAGCGCAUUUGUCGGAAAUGGCAUUGGCAAUGCCGACAUAUUUUAAAUACCGAAAAGGAGCCAGUGUGCUGGCCAUCUGAGGAAUACGAGGAGGUCCAAGAGUGCGGUGCGCGACGAGUCCGAGUGGGCGGUGAGGAUGGCGAACCAGAAAUAUUGGCGCGAUGGUCAGUGCGUUAG